CAAGAUGGGUAAUAAUGUAGGUGGUGGGGGGACUGUGUGUUUACGACCUCCAAGUGUUCUGAUGUCCUGUACUCAUGAUGCAAGGAUGGGAGGAACCGUCAGCCACUUCUUCCAGUCUGGGAGUGCGCUGCUGACUGCCGGAAACCACCGAGGUUGUUCAGACGCAACUAGGACACGAGUACGCACAGUGUUUGACGCUUUGCGCGCCAAUCCACGCGUAACCACUCAGCGACUGGACGGUUUACUUUCUCAGAUACCUAAGAGCGAGAACAUUCUUGUGGUACACAAUGAGGAGGGCUACAACUUGCUGCAGAAGGUGGUUGCCAUCAACAACCUGGACAUGCUGCGAUGGAUCCUUUCCCGCAACCCUGACCUUAACAGAGGAGCUUGCUCAUUCCCUCUGCACAUUGCAUGUCUCCGUGGCCACGAAGACUGCGUAGAGCUUCUGCUCAAGCAUGGAGCCCGUGUGGAUGUUGAGGCUCGUAUGUGUUGGCCGGGACCUCACAACCAGAACUGCGAAGAGAGGGGCAAACAUUGUAUAGACGAUGACUCUACUGCGGACAGAUCGAGUGACAAGCUGCAGAGUGCUAUCUGCUAUGCCAUUGAUGGAGACCAGGUGGAUAUACUGGAGCUGUUAAUGCAACAGACAGAAGACCACUGGCUUCCAUGGCAUCAGAAGCGGCCGCUACUGCACAUUGCUUGUGAGAGAGGCGCCUGGAACUGUGUCAAGUACCUCGUGUCAGAGAGGUCUGAUGAGAUCAACCAGUGUUACGACGAGUACUACCCCAUCCACCAGGCGGCGCUGCAACCCGCAAAGUUCCUUGAGUUGCUUAUAUCGAGUGGGGCGGACAUCAACGUGUGUACACAGACUGAGCAGCUAACCUUGCUUCAUCUUGUGUUCCUCCUGGGACGCAAGAGUACAGAGGACACUCUCAACACAUGCAAGUUGCUGCUGGACUCUGGACUGCGGGAGUUGAUCAACCGUCCUGACUCCCUCGGCAACACUCCUCUACACGGUCUCAUUGUCAGGUACGCUCUGGAAGAAGCUAGAUAUCCUUAUGACUCAGAUAUCCAGCCUUGGAACAAAUGGGAUGUCUUGCACAUAGCUCGCUAUUUGCUUCGCAAUGGUGCAUCCCCCUCCAUCAACCAGCACGGCAACAGUGCGCUGGCCUGUGUGUUGCGACACGUGCGGGACUGGGAGUUCCGCUACGAGAUGCUCAACAUGUUGCUGCAGGCCGGAGGUGACCCCAACAUCGUAGGGAGGGAUGGCUCUGUUCCACUGAUGGUGUGCCUGGUCCCUCUCAUCAACAAAGACCCCCUGCACCACUUCACGCACACUAUGAAGGUCUGUUAUCUCAAUUGUGUCAAGAUACUACUGAAGCAUGGAGCCAACCCCAACUGUACGUCUCGUAGCAAUCUCACUCCAUUACAUGUCCUGCUGUUUUCAGCCAGCGAAACCAUGGCUUUAGGACGAGACGCCGACCAGAACAUGGAGUUUAUCCGAAGCCUAUUGGUGAUGCUGCUGCAGCACGGACUGGACACAAACAUCCGCAUCUCACAACGAACCCAUCACAUACUAGAGGCACUGCUAGACAUGGUGCAGUCGUCACGUCAGCCCACGGAGCUGCAUCACGUGUAUAACCUCACACUCACCUUCCUACAGUACGGGGCCAAUCCGGACCAGGCGGUGCCGAUACAGGUGGGGAAAUACGAGACUUCCCCCGCGGCAUCUGCCUUCUACCGAGCGUCUGGCACCAACCAUCCGGUGCUGUUCCACUACGUCAUGAUGGUGGCUCAGAAACAGGAGUACAUGAAUGACUCAGAGUUGAGGUUCGCCUCUCUCAUCUACCUUUACUACCUGAGCAUGAGUCAUCGCCAAGUAUACUCCACGCUGGGUUCACUGCUGCGGGCGCAAGAGGCUGGUGUUAUACCCGUGCGUGCGACUGCGCUCUUCACCCUUAUCAAGGACCUGCACUCGCGUCCACGCACGCUCAAACAGAUCUCACGCCUGGUGAUUUACCGUAGCAUGGAUCGAAAGCCCGGCUUGUUAGUCAGUAAACUACCGCUGCCCAACUCUCUCAAAGAUUAUAUUCUCAACUUUGACCCGUAAACGUCAAGAUACGUUCGAUGUAACGUAAACGCUUUGUACAUCAGCUUUCUAAGUUACCUGAUUUUUUAUGGCUACCGUCCGCUGAAUAUCGGUGGAUCGGUGAUGUAUAUAUAGAUAGAUGUGGACACUGGUGAACAAUGGCUCUCAAAAAUACCGAUUGUUGCAACAAACAUGGACAUUUAUUUCUAAAUUUUCAAUUCAAUUAAAUUCAUGAGACAGCAAUGGACACUUUGGUACACAUUUUAAGCUGUAUAUUAUGAAGGAUCAGUGUAGAAUAGAGUGAGAUGAUCUGUGUAGCUUUGUUACUGACAAAGACAAGCUGUUUCUUAUCCAUGACCAUUAAUUUAAAGUCCAAAGAUUAAGGACAGCUAUAUCCAGUUUUGAACCAACAAAGCUACUUACAUUUCUGAGGAUCGAACCGGCAACUUUUGGAUUACCAGGCGACUAUUUUAACCACACAGUUACCCUGCAACUCAUAAAUGACGUUUUUGUUGUUGGAAAACCGUAGAUAGUUAUGUUUUAGGGUGAAUAUAGCCUAUUUAUACCUGCCGACAGGCUAAAACAACAGUUUGAAUUUAAAAUAUGACGAAAUAUAUCAAGGAAACAUAGUAUCUAGUUUGGUCCUCUGAGAUUAUCAUGCUAGUCUGAUUUCUAAAUAGAAAAGUCAGUUGAACACUACAACUUAAACAUUUCACAAUCAACACAUCACAUACUAUGGACUUAAACUGGACCUGUUUAUAGUAGGUGGGUCAGUUAUUGUUAUUUACCUGAAGCAAUGAUUAUGAGAGUGGUGUGUCUGGAGAGCCUACUGUUCACUAGUUCCUUACUGGAAACUCUCUUUGUUUGGAAAAUUGAAUUUAAUAUGUUGUUACUGGCUGUGAAAAUGUUUUUAGGUAAUUCAAUUAUAUUACUGUCCAUGUCGGAAUAAUCGGUCUGUCUUUCGUAGGGAGUUAUCUGCCGUGCCUAUAUGAUACAAGUUGUUAUCUUGCGCAAAGAGUGUUGUGUGUCAAAUAUUUUUUAACAUUGUUCGUAAAGUGUUUGAAAACUUGUUGUGAUGUUGGGUCUCGAAAUGCAAAAAGUAGUCGAGUGUAAACAGCCCGAGGCUGUAUGGUUAAUGUUCUGUUGUUUUUAUACAUAUAUUUUACGUAAUGUUAUAGCACUGUAAUGGCCUAUAGUAGGUAUACACCCUGAUUAACUGUUAAUUUACUUUAGGAUUGUCAUCUGUGUUAGAUAAUGUGGUUAUAGUACUAGACUAUUUAUGUUCAAAUUAAUUGUGAUAGAAAUUGUGAAAGUUAUGGUUGUAAAUUUAGUUGCUGUUGAUCAUAUCUGAAACACAUGAUUCUCUGUAAUGGAAAAUUAGUAUGUUUUUAAUUUAUGAAAUAAUUUGAAAUGACCAGCCUAAGUAGAUCAAUAUUAUAAACUAUAACGCUCAUUAGAUCUAUCUGGUCAAUACUAGACAAAUUGUAGGUAGGUACAUAAGUAAGUGCUUGGGAUUUAUUUUAAAUGCGUUGGUUGGAAUUUGUUUACUGUCCUUUGUAAACUCAUAAAAAUGUACAUAGGGUACCACAAAAAAAGAGUGAAAAAGCAGAGAAGAGAUAAUAAAGUGUCAACUCCUGUAUAAAAUGUUUACCUGGUAGUUUUAAUAAAUACAAUUCCAAUCAUGUAUGCAGUUAUUUCACUAUGAAGGAAGACUAGAACUAAUUUCAGUCCUCAGGUGUAAUAUUACAUUUUAUGUUUUGUUACAAACACCGAUGCAUCUUUUUCACCUAAUUUUCACCAUGUCUACUAACUCAAUGAAUGCUGUACCUAUAUUGCUACUUGAUCAGCAGACGACAAAUCGAGCAGUCUGUUUACAUAGGCCUAUUACUAAUGAUGUCAAUUAUAUUUUCACUGGACUACUUUUUGCAUAUAGAUUAGCUAUGUAAUAUAUGAAUGUGUGAAUAAAUCUUAAAACUGUUGUUCAUGUUAAAGUUGAUAUUAAUAAUAAAGCAGUGCCA